GCAGGUUCAAUUCUAUGGAUUUCUGAGAGUUGUGUUAUCAAUCGUCUUAGAUAUUGCAACAAAAGGUUUUCUUACGCGCUGCAAUUCUACACUGCAUUGCAUCAAAAUUUGAAGGUUCAGUUGAAUUAUUGUGAAUUUUUGCUCUUUCAAAUGUUGCUAUAGAUAACAUUUGAACUAAGCCCUGUGGCUGUGAGAAAGGCGGGAUUUUGUAUUGUGUAGUGAAUGAUGAGGCGUGUUUCGCCGCUCUUUUUGGUACUUUUAGUGCUGGGGUUUUUCUUUGCAACAUAUAAUUUGUUGACUAUGAUAAUACACUACAAUACAUAUUCAGAAGAGUGGGAUGAUCCUUUUCUAAAGCCGGAAAAUUUGAAUGAAUUUGGGGGUUCGAAGUCAAAGUACCAUGUUGCUCUCACGGCAACUGAUGCUCCGUAUAGCCAAUGGCAGUGUCGGAUUAUGUAUUAUUGGUAUAAGAAGGCAAAAAAUAUGCCCGGAUCAGAUAUGGGAAAGUUCACUCGGAUUUUGCAUUCGGGUAAAUCCGACAGUUUGAUGGAGGAGAUUCCAAGUUUUGUUGUUGAUCCUCUUCCAGAGGGUUUAGAUCGGGGUUAUGUUGUCUUGAAUAGACCGUGGGCUUUUGUGCAAUGGUUGGAAAAAGCAAUAAUUGACGAAGAAUACAUUCUAAUGGCAGAACCUGACCAUAUAUUCGUAAAUCCUUUGCCUAACUUAGCUCGCGGACAAUAUCCAGCAGGGUUCCCUUUCUUCUACAUUAAGCCAUCUGAUCACGAGACUAUUAUUAGGAAGUAUUAUCCCAAGGAGAAGGGUUCUCUGAUGGACAUUGGUCCGAUUGGCAAUUCUCCCGUGAUUAUUAGAAAGCCUGUGCUGGAGAAAAUUGCACCGACAUGGAUGAAUAUUUCAUUAAUGAUGAAAGACGAUCCAGCAAGUGAUAAGGCAUUUGGAUGGGUUCUAGAAAUGUAUGCAUAUGCUGUGGCAUCAGCACUACAUAAUGUGCAUCAUAUACUUCGUGAAGACUUCAUGCUCCAGCCACCUUGGGAUGUGGAAAUAGGGAUGAAGUUUAUACUCCAUUAUACUUACGGAUGUGACUACAAUUUAAAGGGAGAAUUAACUUAUGGAAAGAUCGGAGAAUGGCGUUUCGACAAGAGAUCGUAUCUUAGCGGGCCUCCUCCACGGAAUCUCUCUUUGCCCCCUCCAGGUGUUCCUGAAAGUGUGGUGAGACUUGUGCAGAUGGUGAACGAGGCUACAGCAAAUAUUCCCGAUUGGGACGCACUUUAAGUUGUGGCUGAGACCCAAUCUUAUUAGUUAGUGCAUCCAUUCGGAUGCUGAUAUUGAUCUCCUUCCACCGAGAGUUAUCUGCGAAAUAGAGGUAGCUGAGACACCAGUAUACAUAGCGAAAAGGGUAUGUUUUCAAGUUAACAAGGGAUGCAUCAUUUUUGUCACUUUUAUUAAACAUUUAAAGCAUUGAUUUCCUUUC